AUGAAGACGCUAGUGAAUGGUGCCGGAGCUGCCUCCGCCACGUCAACAUCCAAUUCCUGCGAAGAAAGAAACCCAGAAACCGAUCUCCAAUUCAGCCUAGACUACGAUUGCAUGAAUGGGCAGGAAGCAUAUCAAAAUUCUAAGGAGGACGAUAUGGGAAACUGCUUUUGCUUCAAGUAUGUUAGUGAUGUAACACCAAAACCUUUGGAUCCCAACGACAUACACCAGCAAUUUGAGAUUCAUCGGAUCGAAAGAGGAUGUCAAGGGGGUGGUUUUGUUGCCAAACCUAUAACACCGGAUGGGUUUCCUCCAAAGUUCCUUGGAAGAAAAGGGUGGGAAGUGCAUACCUCAACUCCUAGCAAUUUUCGAUUAGGUAAUGCACUAGGCCUAGAUAGUGCCCUCCGUGCUCGCCUUCCAAAAUUCAACUUCCCGCUAUCAUGUACGAGUUCUCAACCAGUGGUUGUGGGAAAGUGGUAUUCUCCUUUUAUGUUUAUUAAGGAAGGAACAUUGAAAGACCAAAUUAGUACAUCAAUGUAUUACGAGCUGACGCUUGAGCAAAAGUGGGAACAAAUAUUUGCAUGUGAAAAUAAUGGGAGCCAAGGCAAUGUUGUUGAUGUGGAUGUUGUUCUUCCAAGAGAAGUGGUUUCAGUUGCUGGGAGGGAAGUUAUGGAUGUAAAAGUGGUCAAUGGAAUAAUGUGGUUCAAGGGUUGUAGUAUAGAGGGACAAGAAAGAAGUGUGGGAUUGAGCUUGGAAGUUUUUGAGAGAAUGAAGUGGGAGCAGGAAAGGGUUGGAUGGGUUGGGGGGAGUGACAUACAAGUGAGCUUGAAAAGAGUAGAGGGAUUUGGAGGAACGGGUAGGUGGGGGAAAUUUGGUUGUUAUAUUUUGGCAGAGAGAUUUGUGCUAAAGCAAAUGGACGGAAGCCGGGUAUUAACUUAUGAAUUCAACCACAUUAACAAGAUUCAAAGCAAAUGGGAAUGAUUCUUCAUAUCUAAUUAAAUAUUGUAAAAUUCAUUUAAUUUUUUUCCGUGU